UGUUUUGUGCACUUGUGACUUGCCAGUCGAACUUUUGGAAUUUGUGCUGUUAUAAGUUAAGAAUUAAAUAUUAUAUUUAUUUUGACUCUUAUUUAAAUUUUUAUAAUUUAAAAUUGAUAAUGGAAAUAACGAAAAAAAACUUUUUAGAACAACUAGACAACAUAAACCAAGAUUUAAAACGUUCAUGUUUUGUUGGUUUUGAUGCUGAAUUUACAGCUAUUUUAACAGGAGACAAAUUUAGACAUAGAUUAUUUGACACUAAUGAAGAACGAUAUAAUAAUAUAAAAAAUGAAGUUGGUAAAAUGAUAAUGACUCAAAUUGGACUGACUAUGUUCCAAUAUGAACGAGAUCUGGAUAUGUAUGUAGCAGUUGGCUACACAUUCCAUCUUUGUCCCCAAAUGUUUGGUAAUGUACAUCAGUCAUUUGUCUUCCAAGCAUCCACAUUGAAGUUCUUAUGUAAACACAAAUUUGAUUUUAAUAAGUUUACUUAUGAAGGACUUCCAUAUUUGAGUAAAGCUGAAGAAAUGUCUAUUCGCCAGCAACUGAAAGAUAAAAUACUAUUUAACAACUUAACUCGAGCAUUAGAAUUAGAUGAGGAAAAGGAAGUACAACAGUACUGUUCAGAAGUGGCUAAAUGGCUCAUCAAUAGUAGUGAAGAAACAAUGUACCUAGAUGUCCAAAAUCCAGUUCUGAGGUAUAUAGUUCACAAUGAACUGAGGAUACGGUUCCCAGAUGUUCUUACUACCGAUAGUUUAGGUAAUAGUAAUAAGAUUUUGAUAUACAGAGAUAAAAACGUAGUAUCUGCCACUAGUGCACCUAUGGAUGCAUUAGAAGAAAAUUUACUAAACCACCUAUUAGGAUUCUCACAAAUUAUUUACUUGCUGGAAAGUUAUCAGAAGCCCAUCAUUGGGCAUAAUAUAUUUAUGGAUGUAAUGCUCCUUCACAGCCAGUUCAUAGGUCCACUACCUAAGAAGUACUCGGUAUUUAAAAAAAACAUUAACACAAUGUUCCCUGUUAUUUUUGAUACGAAGUAUAUAUCAUAUGAAAUGGGAUGGAUGUUAACUUUCGAUGAAGUCUGGAAAUCGAAUGCACUGCAAGAUCUAUACGAGUUCUUUGCCCAAGGAAAAUGUAAAAAGCUGGAGAAUGGAGUUAACCUUAUACGUCUGAGCACGCCGUUUAGUGAAAAGCAGUCUUUCCACGAAGCUGGUUGGGACUCUUACUGUUCAGGUUACUGCUUCAUCCGGAUGGGCCACUGGGCGGCGUGCGAGAUCAGCGGCAAGUACAGGCCGGUCGGGCCUCGGGAGAAGCUCGCCGCGCUGGCGUCCUACUGCAACAAAGUGAACGUCAUACGAGGCGCCGUGCCUUAUAUGAAUUUAGCUGGAGAAGACCCACCACGCCACCGGCCUAAUUUACUACACGUCAAAUCAAUGAAAGAGAGCACUAUCGACGUGGGAAAGGUGGCGUCUGUCCUCGCAAGUUUUGGGUCUAUUGAUAUAAAACCUUAUGGUAGACGGACAGCUCUUAUUGCAACUAGUACUCAACAUACGCUGGAGAAAAUCCUGAAACAGUUUAAAGACAGUAGAGAAUAUAAAAUAUCGAUGUUCAACGUGUACAGGCAUACACCGGCGAGUCGGUUCGUGAUGUGGGGUGGCGCGUUACUUACAGGGAGUAUAGUGUUAUUCUUAUUCCAUAAGGGAGUAAAAUGAUGUCGUUCGAUCUCUUAAAUGAUAGAUAGCCAAUCAUUUAUAUAGUAUAUAUAAAUAUCAAAUUAGUUUUACACCAAAUUAUCAACGCUAAAAAAUGUUAUAUUUUAUAUUUACUCAUGUUAUUUCUCAUGUUUUAAAAGAAAAUUGAUUAUUAACAAUAAUUAUUCAAUCAAUAAGAAAUAAUAUUCUGUUACUCCACUAAAACUUAUAAAAAUACAAUAUCUACCUCAACUAUACGUA